AUGGCCCACAGCUCCCGGCCCUCGCGCGACUACCCCCACGGCCACGGCCAUGGCCACCGCUCCUCGCGCGACCGGGCCUACAGCACCGACAAGCCUCGUAGUCGACGGCCGUCGGAAGACCAUCGUGCCAGGCGGCGUGAGUCGCUGCCGCAGUACAACCACAAUGGCCACAAGGUCACAAAGGGCAUCCACCCCGAGGGCGAGAGUGGCAGGAGCGGCUUCCACCCCAUCAGGUUCCUCGUCAUCAGCGCCAAGAGCAGCAGCACCCCGUCCAUGCUCGUCAACUUGCUGUGGCCCAUUGUCCCCGUCGCCAUUGCCCUGCACUUUGUAAAGCCGGAAUGGCACCUUGCCAUCUUCAUCACAAACUACAUUGCCAUGCUGCCCGCUGCCAACAUGCUGGGCUUCGCCGGCCAGGAGUUCUCCCGCAAGAUGCCAAACAAGUCUUUUGCCGUUGUGCUCGAGACGACGUUUGGCUCCAUUGUCGAGAUCAUCCUCUUCAUGGUUUUGCUCCGGACCUCAAGGGGCGACUCCAAUGUUCAGGUCAUCAAGGCUGCCAUUCUGGGCUCCAUUCUCGCCAAUCUCUUGCUCUGCCUGGGCUCAUGCUUCAUUGCAGGUGGUAUCAAACACAACCAGCAGGAGUUCCACGAGGCCAUUUCUGAAAACGGUUCGGGCUUCAUGCUCGUUGCUGCCAUGGCUCUUGUCCUCCCUGCCGUCUUCUACUCUUACCUCAACCAAAACCCCGACUACGAAAACAAUGUCGAUAUUGCAUACAAUACCCGCCUCAUCUCCCGUGGCGUAGCCAUCAUCUCCAUCGUCGGCUACCUCAUCUACAUUGUCUUCCAGACGGUUUCCCACGAUGGUCUGCUCCACGAGAUCUACGAAGAAGACGACGCAAAAGACAAGGACCGCCACAAGGAGCUCAAGAAGCCCAAGCUCACCAUGGUCGAAGUCUUGGUAGCCCUCGUCAUCUCCUUGGCCUGCGUCUCACUCGUCGCCAUUGCCCUGGUUCAGGAAAUCCCCUACAUUGUAGAGCGCGGAGUCAGCGACGCUUUUGUCGGUCUGAUUCUGAUUCCACUUGUUGAGAAGAUUGCCGAGCAUCUCCUUGCCAUUGACGAAGCCUAUGACAAUCAGAUCAACAUGGCUCUCGCUCACGUUCUCGGCGCCUCGAUCCAAACCGCUUUGCUCAACGCUCCUCUCGUUGUCCUGGUUGGCUGGGGUCUUGGCGUUGGCAUGGACUACAACUUUUCCAUGUUCGAUGCUGCUGCACUAGUGCUUGCAGUACUUACUGUCGGUUCGUUCCUUCGUGACGGCAAGUCCAACUACCUCGAGGGUGUACUUUGCGUCAUGACUUACAUCAUCAUCGCUGUUUGCGCUUUUUACUUCCCAAACCCAGCCGGUCACGGUGCUUCCGCAGGUCAUGGUGCUGAAGGCGGUGCUGAAGGUGGUGCUGAGGGCGGUCAUUAG